AUGAGUUACAAUUAUUUCCUGAUGCAAUACAAGAUUAAUUUUUAUUUUAUUUUAUUAAUUUUAUUAAAUGGAGUAAUGUGUCAAAAUUAUUUCCUGUUGCAAUAAAUAUUUUAUUGUAAGUCAAAAUUAUUUUCUGUGGCAAUAAACAUUUUUUUAAGUCAAAAUUAUUGUCUGUGGUAAUAAGCAUUAUACUACAAAUGCCUGUAAAUCGGCUUUACUUGUACUUAACCCAUAUUAUUCCCAUAUUAAGUCGAUUUUCCAGUCCAGGCCAGCCGCCCAAAUCCGACUUCGGACACCAACCCCUGGAAAGCGAAACGGACUGCACCGCGCCGUGAUGAAUUGACAACUUUAUGUGUUUGCUGAGAUAUUUAAUAACCCUGAAUAUUGGCAGUUCAUAGUGUCUUUUGGCUGUGUUAUAAACUGAGUAGGAAUAUGGGGAAUAAGCCGGCUAACAGUCCUAAGGGUCAGCCGCCAGAUGCCGACGGCCAUUCUUCAGUGUCUGACCUUGCCAACUCGCUCACUGGAGACAUGGUGAUGUUGUCUCCGGGGUCGGAAGACGACGAUCACGAAGGUCCAGUGAGCGAGAAACUGGGCCGGAUUCAGUUCAGCUUGGGCUACAGCUUCCAAGACACGACUCUGACGGUGAAGAUACUCAAAGGUCAAGACCUGCCCGCUAAAGACUUCUCUGGGACCUCCGACCCCUUCGUCAAAAUCUACCUACUGCCCGACAGAAAGCACAAACUCGAGACCAAAGUCAAGAGGAAAAAUCUCAACCCUCACUGGAACGAAACCUUCCUUUUUGAAGGGUUCCCCUAUGAGAAGGUGCGGGAACGAACGUUGUAUCUCCAGGUGCUGGAUUACGAUCGCUUCAGCCGUAACGACCCGAUCGGAGAGGUCUCCAUCCCUCUGAAUAAAGUGGAGCUCGGACAGCUGAAGUCCUUCUGGAAGGAUCUUAAACCCUGCAUGGAUGGAGCCGGAAGACGUGGCGAUCUGCUGUUGUCUCUGUGUUAUAACCCCACUGCCAACACCAUCACUGUUAACAUCAUAAAAGCUCGCAACCUCAAAGCCAUGGACAUCGGGGGCACCUCAGACCCUUAUGUCAAAGUAUGGCUAAUGCACAAAGACAAGCGAGUGGAGAAGAAGAAGACAGUGACCAUAAAACGCUGCCUGAACCCCGUUUUUAACGAAUCCUUCCCUUUUGACGUGCCCGCACAUGUUCUCCGAGAGACCACCAUCAUCAUCACCGUCAUGGAUAAGGAUCGACUGAGCCGCAAUGAUGUCAUUGGAAAGAUCUACUUGUCAUGGAAGAGCGGUCCUGCUGAGGUCAAACACUGGAAGGACAUGUUGAGCCGGCCACGUACAAAUGUGGCGCAGUGGCAUGCCCUCAAAGCCUGAUUCGCCCUCUCCAUCUCCCAUUUUUCCCUCCAACCCCAUUUGACCUUUGACCCGAAACCCCGUCCUUAUGCACAAGACUAACUUGCUGCCAGACGGCACAACACGGGUACUUUUAGCCAUCCACUCUUGUAACCUUUAACCUUUGAGCUUCUGAAUCUCUCCUCCACUUUCAUCUCGAUUUACUCUGGUAACAUGUAGUAUAAAGGCCUGCUUAUUUACCAGUUGCUAAUUACACAACGGUUCUUUGAUAUUUUGUGCAUUAGCAUCCGUUCGGGACUCUGGGAUAGUCGCGAAAUCCAACAAAGCCAUUUAAAGAUGCUCCGAGAGCGCUCAUGCCGCAACUACACGUUACCAGGAUGAUGUUUUCUUCCUGUUUUGUUUUUUUUAGCUGUCAUUCCCCCGUGUUCCUCAGGCUGGAGAGGUCUGACAUCUUUCUGAUGUGUGAACGCGUCACCUCGGCCCCGUCCCUCGUCUCGUUCAACCAUGCCCACGUCUAGACCCGGAGGCUCAUGGGAGCUCAUUUGGCAGCCUUUAAAUUGGCCACCGCUGAAACGGAUCAAGUCGCAGGAACUCUGGGAAUUGUAUUUUUCCAGGUCUCAGACAUCCCAUGCGCGUCCGACGGCCCCGGAGGGCCGCUGUAAUUAAAGCCAUGAGGGGAAAUGCGACGCCCUCUUGCCAUUACCAGUCUCAUUUUUUUCUCGUCACCAUUUAUAGUUGUUUUUCUCGAAAUCCCCGACCUCUCCAAGCCUUUUCCUCAUCUUUCCCACUUGAACUGAUUUUCCGUAUCUUUGUUCCUUCCAUCUCUCGUUCUAUCUAUCCUCCCUUCUCUCUUUCUUCUUCUUCUUCUUCUUCUUCUUCUAAGUAAACAGCUCCAAUUGGUUCAGCUGAAAGCCGCAGACAUUGAAAUCUUACGCCAUCUGGAGACUUACAGACAGCAAAUGGACUCCACCAUCCUUGUCUCUUUUGCUUUUUUCUCUGUGGUUUCUCUUUAUCGCUGGCACAAUAGUAGUGAAGUCCCUCUUUUUCUUGGGAUCCCUUGUUGUCCGUGUGCUGUGAGUGACGUGUUGUAGAUCCAACCGAAAUAUCGUUAAAAACAUUAACCAACCAGGGUGGAGAAAAGAAAACAACUUCCUCAAAGGAUCGUUCCAGGUCUUCUGGGACUUUUGGAAGAAAAUCCAGAUGUAAGGGGAAAAAAAAUACACACACAUAGAAAAAAAACUUGAUGUCAUAUUUUUUUUUUCUUUCAUAAAAAGGACAUUUGAAGAAACCAAUCAGAAUUGUUCUUCCAGAUUUGCUGUGAACUAUAGAAGCAAAGAGUUUGUUGAUUUUGCGCCGGAUAGUUCUCGCCACACUUUGCUCUAGUGACGUGUUUCUUUGUGUGUGUGUGCACUAAUAGGGGCUCAUCUUUUACAGAAACCCCAUCAAAAACCUGCCUUUACCCGCGUAUGUGUGCGUAUGAGACUGUGUCAGAGGUAGAUGGGAUGAAUCUCACGGAAACAUGUCCUGGUCAUGUUUUAUCCCAAAAUCAAGAGUGAGAAAAAAAGAAAUAAUUUUUUGCCAAUUAGGACAAUUACAUUUUUUUUUAUUGUGAGAUUAUGUUCAUGAUAAUUAAACAUAUUUUACCCCCAAAUGCUUUACCAUAAAUAACUAAUUCAUUUAACUUUAUAAAUUAAUUUUUUUUUUUAAUACAGCAUUUUUUAUUUUAAAUGUAAAUAUGCAUAAAUUAAAGCCUGUACAGCAAAUAACUACCAUGUUUAAAUAUUUUACAAUUAAAAUAAUAUUUUUAUUUAGGUUAUAUACAGUGUGUAUAUAUAUAUAAGUGCUGUCAAAU